AUGGUGGCUGUAAGGCGAGAAGAUAUGGUAGCCCACAGAUCUUUUUAUGCUAAAGACGGUUCUCGGAAGCACUUCGAAACCAAAAUGAAUGCGAAGAGGACGUCACUCUUGUUUAUCUCCAUGUGGGCUCUAUCCUGUGCUCGUCCUGCUACAGCAAUUGAAGGAAGCUUGAAUGAGGUAGCUGAUUCCACAGAUGUUAGUGAUGAAGAUACAGAGAGCAGGCUAAGCACAAGCAUGGAAAACAGAAGGAAAGAUGUCAGUGAACAUGUGAGCACUAGCCAUGAGAGCAGUGAAGGCAAGAACUUCAUCAGGAAAGUUUCCAGUGGAAGCCUGGAGAGCUCCUCAGAAGAUGACCAUGAAUGGAUCACUCGGGACAACGAUGACGGCAAUUAUUUCAGAGUCCACCACCAGACAGUUCAGAGGAAAUGGGCAGAUGACAACCAUGACCAUGGGGACAGUUCUGAUGAUCAAUCUGCUGAUGGAACAUCUCUGGAGGAUCAAAAUGAGGUUCACGAAGACCACAGCGAUAUCAGAAAAUCCAAAGAACAGUUUGAUGUUGAAAACGAUGGCAUGCUUUAUUCCCCUGAUCAAGUCUUGUAUACUUUCAUGGGGAAAGGAGGAAGUGAUCUGACCAAUGACGAGGGUGCCAGUGGUGAUGAUGGACAUAAUGAGGAAGGCACUCAUGGGCAGACUGUCACUCCAAACAAAGGAAAUGAUCAGCAAAUGUGGGUGACCAACGGGGAGCAAGAUGGUGACAAUGCUAUCGGCCAACGCCAUGAUGGCAGCAGUAGCAGCAGCAGCAGCAGCAGCAGUAGCGAGAGCAGAGACCUUGAAAAAGAGAAUAACCACAUUACUGAUUACAGCAAAAAUCAAGGAAGUGAUAGUUACAGCAGCAGCCAAGAGGAUAGGUAUGAUUUUGAUGACAAAGGAAUGCAAGGUGAUGACCCAAACAUCUUUGAGAGCCAUGACAGUGAUUCUCACAUGCUUCACGGAGAUGUUCAUUCAAAAGAAAGCAGCCAGGAAAGCAGCAGGGAAAACGGGCAGAGAAAAGCCAAACAUCACAGCAAAUCAGUGGAACAGUUUGCCAGGAAAGUAUACCAUUAUGUUGAUGCUGAUUCAGAUGAAGAUCACAGCCCUGAAGAGGAAAAGUCCCUGCAGGAGGAGGAUGCCGAUUCCAAAGAAGAAAGCCAGUCUGUAGAAGACAUUAGUCAAUCAACAGAAAAUGUUCCCAGUAGAUCCAGAGAGCAUGCAACCAGUCAUUCCAGAGAGGCUGUAAAGCCUUCAUCCAGAGGGCACAGCCGCAGUCAGUCCAAAGAGACCUUUGACAGCCGGUCCAGGGAAGAUGUGCACAGCAGAUCCAGGGAAGAUGCGCACAGCCACUCCAGGGAAGAUGCGCACAGCCGCUCCAGGGAAGAUGCGCACAGUCAAUCCAGGGAAGAUGCACGCAGCCGCUCCAGGGAAGAUGUGCACAGCCGAUCCAGUGAAGCCAAGCAUAGCCACUCCAGGGAAGAUGUGCACAGCCAAUCCAGGGAAGCUGAGCACAGUCACUCCAGAGAAGAUUCUCACAGUCAAUCCAGGGAAGAUGCACACGGCCACUCCAGGGAAGUCAGGCACAGCCAGUCCAGGGAAGAUGUGCACAGUCAAUCUAGGGAAGAUGCACCCAGCCGCUCAAGGGAAGAUGCGCACAGCCAGUCCAGGGAAGAUGCAGAUAGCCAGUCCAGAGAACUCAGGGCUAGUCAGUCUAGAGAGGAUGAGAACAGUCAGUCUAGAGAGGAUGACAACACUGCAUCUGCAGAAGACGUAAAGAGUGAAUCCACUGAAGACAGCAGGGACUCCUAUGAGAAGACUUUGAAAAAAUCUGUAGAGAUAAGCGACAGAUCAGAUGAAGCCAGUGUUAGCAGAUCUAAAGAGAAGGAGAGUGACUCUACUGAAGAAGUAGGGAAAGUGCCACCGAGGGGCAGUGAAUCCAGGGAGUUUAAGAGACAACACAGCAGAUCGGGUGAGAAGAGCACAUCGACAGAAGAGAGUGAGGAAUCAUCCGAGGACACAGAUGAAUCCAGCCAGGGUGACAGCAGGUUGUCUCAAAGUGCGUCGUCUGAGAGCAGCAAAGAUUCCCAAGACAGCGCCAGCAGUGAAGACAGCGAUUCGAAUGCCCUCCGGUCCGAAGAAUGGCAAGGCCAGCAGAGCAGAUCAACAGAAAGCAGUGAAUCCAAAGGCGAGGAGAACAGUCGUUCUAUAGAAGGAGAAUCCAGCCAAUCCAGAGAGGACACAAAGAGCAAUUCUGAAAGUACAGAAGACGACAGCUGGUCAAGGAGCAUGGAGCUAGAAAGCCGAAAGUUAAUGCUUGACAUUUAUCAUAAUAAGCCUUUUAGCGAUUACGAUGAUAACGAUUGUCAGGAUGGGUAUUAA